CCCACCCACACGGCCUGGUUUGCACCCCUGGUUUAGGGUCUUCGGCCCUGGCUCUGGCGUCCCUGGCUGCCAAGCCUGAGGCCCGCCGUCCCACUCCCGCCGAGACCCGCCGCUCCGGUCCUGCCCCAAACUGCCCACGGCCGGCAGCGCUUCCAGUGAGUGCCGGGGGGCGCGGGGACGCGGGUCCCGGCCGAAGCUUCGAUUUCGCGGCCCGCGCCAGCACCCGGGUCUGUGCCGCGGCCUCGGAUACGGCUCACCCUCCACCUGAGGGGGCCCUGAAAAAAACUCUCUUCCUGUGUCUGGCCAGAGGUAUAGAGAGAGACAGGUUCAACUCUAAGGCCUGAAAAGGAACAAGGCCCACCGGAAGCAAUGGCCACUGUCCCUGGCCUCCAGCCCCUGCCAACCUUGGAGCAGGACCUGGAACAGGAUGAGAUCCUGAUUGUGAAGGUGGAGGAGGACUUCUGCUUGGAAGAGGAGCCCUCCGUGGAGACAGAGGACCCCAGCCCUGAGACUUUCCGCCAGCUCUUCCGGCUCUUCUGCUACCAGGAGGUGGCUGGGCCCCGGGAGGCCCUGAGCCGCCUCUGGGAGCUGUGCUGCCGCUGGCUGCGGCCGGAGCUGCGCACUAAGGAGCAGAUCCUGGAGCUGCUGGUGCUGGAGCAGUUCCUGACCGUGCUGCCGGGGGAGAUCCAGGCUCGGGUACGCGAGCAGCAGCCGGAGAGCGGUGAGGAGGCCGUGGUCCUCGUGGAAGGGCUGCAGCGGAAGCCCAGGAAACACAGGCAGCGGGGCUCAGAGCUGCUUUCUGAUGACGAGGUGCCCCUCGGGAUAGGGGGACAGUCCUUAAAACACCAGGCAGAGGCUCAGCCAGAGGAUCUGUCCCUGGAGGAAGAGGCUCGAUUCUCUAGCCAGCAGCCCCCAGCCCAGCUGAGCCACAGGCCACAGAGGGGCCCGCUGUUUUGGCCAGAGAGAGGCCCUCCAGCUCCCCGGCAUCAGGAGAUGACGUCAGCCUCGCCCUUCCUUUCGGCCUGGUCCCAGGUGCCCGUGAACUUGGCGGACGUGGCUGUAUACCUUUCUGGGGAGGAGCCAAGAUGCCUGGACCCAGCUCAGCGGGAUGCGCCGCUGGAGAAUGAAGGUAACUUGCAAGUGACUGUGUCCUCUAGGGGGCUUGCCAAAAAUAGGAACUGUCAGGCACCAGCUCCUGGGCUUGGUUCUGUUGGUCCAGUUGGCCUGGGGCGAUCCUCCGUGGACAGGGCUACCCAUAUCCCUGCAGAGUCCCACCUGCAGGGCCUGCACAGCCACUCGGCCAUGACUCAGGCAGAUGCCCAGCACUGCCUUGCCAUCCUGUUCUUCUGCCCCUGCCCCUUACAUGCUGGUCCUACUUCACUUCAGCUUCCCUGUGCCCUCCUCUCAAGGGCAGAGCUGCUCCCACAGGACCUGGUUCUCCAGCCUCUCCCCAUCGCACUGAGCACUGCCCUGCCCGUUACUCAGCACCGUCCCUUAAGCUCUUUCUCUGCCUGUUUGUCUCUUCCUGCCUUUCCUGAUGCUGCUGAAGCCUUUUCUGGUUUUUUGUUUGUUUGUUUGUUUGUUUGUUUUGAGAUGGAGUUUUGCUCUGUUGCCCAGGCUGGAGUGCAGUGGCACAACCUUGGCUCACUGCAACCUCCACCUCCUGGGUUCAAGCGAUGCUCCCACCUCAGCCUCCCAAGUAGCUGGGAUUACAGGUACUCGCCAUCAUGCCUGGCUAAUUUUUGUAUUAUUAGUAGAGAUGGGUUUCAUCACCAUGUUGGCCAGGCUGGUCUCGAAGUCCUGACUUCAGGUGAUCCGCCGGCCUAGGCCUCCCAAAGUCCUGGGAUGACAGGUGUGAGCCACUGUGAGUGGCCAUGCUGAAGCCUUUUCUAAUGACAGUGAGAUGUCGCUUUGUAUUAGGGUUCUUCUCCAGAGAAACAGAACCAACAGAAGAUAGACACACACACAGAUUUAUUUUAAGGUAUGGGUACUCAGACAGCUCCCUUGGUUGCUUACAGAAGUUGACAAGUCUGAAAUCUGCAGGCCAGGCCAGCAGGCUGGAAGCUUAGGAUUUCUGUGCCGCGGUCUUGAGGCAGACUUCCUUCUUUGGGAAACCUCCAGAAUUUUUUUCCUUUUUAAGGCUGAAGAAUAUUCCAUUGUAAAUAAUGCUGCAGUGAACGUGGGUGUACAGGUGUAUCUCUGAUCAACUCUGCUUUCUGUUCCUGGGGUGGAUGUAUCCAGCAGUGGGAUGGCUGGAGCAUAUGUGGUCAUUCUGUGUUGAAUUUUCUGAGGAACCGCCAUGCUGUUUUCCACAGCAUCUGCACCAUCUCAUGCACCCACCAAGAGUGCACAAGGGUUCCAGUUUCUCCACAUCCAUACCAAUGGUUGUUAUUUUCAGGGUUUUUUUUUUUUUGAGAUGGAGUCUUGCUCUGUUGCCCAGGCUGGAGUGGAGUGGCACAAUCUCAGCUCAGCUCACUGCAACCUCCGCCUUCCGGGUUCAAGCGAUUCUCCUGCCUCAGUCUCCCAAGUAGCUCGGAUUACAGGUGUGCGCCACCAUACCUGGCUAAUUUUUCUAUUUUUAGUAGAGCUGGGUUUUGCCAUGUUGGCCAAGCUGGUCUCGAAUUCCUGAUCUCAAGUGAUCUGCCUGCCUCAGCCUCCCUAAGUGCUGGGAUUACAGGCGUAAGCUACCGCACCUGGCCUGAUUUGGAAAUAUUUUCUCCUGUUUUGUGUGUUGCAUUUUCAUUUUGUUGGUAGCGUCCUUUGAUGCACAAAAGUUUUUGGUUCUAGUGUCCAGUUUAUCGUUUUCUUCUUUUGUUGCCUAUGAAGAGUUUUAGAUGAUGUUGUAUGAGGCUCUGGUUGGUCAUCAGCAGCUUUGGUGACAGGCAUCCAGAGCAGGGGUUCUCCACCCGGGGCAAUCUUGUCCCCCAGAGGACAUCUGUCCAUGAGUUGGAGACAUUUUUGGUUGUCAUGACCCUGGGGCUGUCACUGAUGAAAAUGAUUAUUUGUUGAGCAGAAGGUGGGGAUGCUGCCCACCCUCCUGCAGUGCACAGGGUGGCCGCAUCAGAGACAGCCCGGGCCAGGUCCCAUGGACACCACCCGUACCGUGAUUGAGGAACCCUGAUCUGAAGAUCUCUGAGCGCACAUUACCUGUGGUCCAGUUCAUUCCCUGUGCAAAAGGCAGAAGUCAAAAGGGAAAGAAUUUGCCAGCCCUCCCGGCUCCCAAGUGGUUACGUGGAAUCCUCAGAAGGGAAGGAAUGAGAUUCUGCCCAGCUCUGUCACCAGCUCCUGGAGCCCAGACACAGCUUCCCUCUCAGGGUCACAGGCAUGUGUUUGGGUUUUACUUACCCAGCGCCAGAGCCUAUGGUAAAAACAGUCUGUGGGGCCAAGGAAAGUUGGAUCUAUUUGAUCUUGCUUAAAAAAAAAAAAUGGCCAGGCACGGUGACUCACACCUGUAAUCCCAGCACUUUGGGAAGCCGAGGCGAGUGUUUGUCACCUGAGGUCAGGAGUUCGAGUCCAGCCUGGCCAACAUGGUGAAACCCUGUCUCUAUUAAAAAUACAAAAAUUAGGCGUGGUGGUGGGUGCCUAUACUCCCAGCUACUUGGGAGGCUGAGGCAGGAGAAUAGCUUGAACCCAGGAGGCGGAGAUUGCAGUAAGCCAAGAUCACGCCAUUGCACUCCAGCCUGGGCAAUAAGAGCGAAACUCUGUCUCAAAAAAAAAAAAAAAAAAAUUGGCCGGCGCGGUGGCUCACGCCUGUAAUCCCAGCCCUUUCAGAGGCUGAGGCGGGUGGAUCAUGAGGUCAGGAGAUCGAGUCCAUCCUGGCCAACAUGAUGAAACCCUGUCUCUCCUAAAAAAUACAAAAAUUAGUUGGGCGUGGUGGUACUCAUCUGUAGUCCCAGGUACUCGGGAGGCUGAGGCAGGAGAAUCGCUUGAACCCGGGAGGCGGAGGUUGCAGUGAGCCGAGAUCGCACCACUGCACUCCAGUCUGGGCAACAGAGCAAGACUCCGUCUCCAAAAAACAAAAACGGGCCGGGCAUGGUGGCUCAUGCCUGUAAUCCCAGCACCUUGAGAGGUCAAGGCGGGUGGAUUGCUCGAGUCCAGGAGUUCAAGACCAGCCUGCGCAACAUGGAGAAACCUUGUCUCUACAAAAAAUACAAAAGUGGUGCACGCCUGUAGUCCCAGCUGCUUGAGAGGCUGAGGUGGGAGGAACGCUUGAGCUUGGGAGGUCAAGGCUGCAGUAAGCUGUGAUCAUACCACUGCACCCCAGCCUGGGCAACAGAGUGAGACUCUGUCUCAAAAAAACAAAUUAGGUUGGUACCUGGCCUCAAAGUUUUUACAUUUUUUAAUGAGAUGAAAUUCACGGGCAACCCGUUCGGGUCCCCUUCCACACUGUGGAAGCUUUGUUCUUUCACUCUUCGUAAUAAAUCUUGCUGCUGCUCAAAAAAAAAGAAAUUCACAUAACAUAAAAUUAGCCAUUUUUCAGGAAACGGUUCAGUGGCGUUUAGUAUAUUCACAGUGUUGUACAAUCAUCACCUUCAUCUAGUUCCAAAACUUUUUUCUUCCUUUUUUUGAGACAGGGUCUCACUCUGUCACCCAGGUUGGAGUGCAGUAACACAUAGUUCCAAAACUUUUUUUUUCUUUUUUUGAGACAGGGUCUCACUCUGUCACCCAGGUUGGAGUGCAGUAGCACAAUUUUGACUCACUGCAGCUUCAACCUCCCCAGGCUCAGGUGAUUCUACCACCUCAGCCUCCCGAGUAGCUGGUACCACAGGUCAAUGCCACCACGCGCAGCUAAUUUUGAAAAAAUUUUUGGGCCGGGCACGGUGUCUCACGUCUGUAAUCCCAGCACUUUGGGAGGCCAAGGCGGGUGGAUCACGAGGUCAAGAGAUCGAGACCAUCCUGGCCGGCAUGGUGAAACCCCAUCUCUACUAAAAAUACAAAAAAAUUAGCCGGGUGUGGUGGCAUGCACCUAUAGUCUCAGCUACUCAGAGGCUGAGGCAGGAGAAUCGCUUGAACCCAGGAGGCGGAGGUUGCAGUGAGCCAAGAUCGCGCCAUUACACACCAGCCUGGGCGACAAAAAUUUUUUGAUAGAGAUGGAGUUUCACUGUGUUACCCGGGCUCAAAAGCAUUUUUUUUUCUUAAUUGAGAUAGAGUUUCACUCUGUCACCCAGGUUGGAUUGCAGUGGCAUGAUCUCGGCUCACUGCAACCUCCAUCUCCUGGGUUCAAGCAAUUCUCGUGCCUUAGCCUCCCAAGUAGCUGGGAUUACAGGUGUGCAUCACCACACCUGGCUAAUUUUUGUAUUUUUAGUAGAGACAGCGUUUUACCAUGUUGGUCAGGCUGGUCUUGAACUCCUGAUCUUGUGAUCUGCCCACCUCGGCCUCCCAAUAUUUUUUCUAUUGUUAGUAGAGACAGUGUUUUGCCAUGUUGGCGAGAACUCCUGACGUCAAAUGAUCAGCCCACAUCGGCAUUUCAGAGUGCUGGUAUUACAGGUGUGAGCUACCACGCCUGGCCCUCAAAAACAUUUUUUAUCAUUCUAAAUGGAAACCUCGUACCCAACAAGCAGUUUCUCCCCAUUUCCCCUCCCCUAGCCUCUGGCAGCCAGCUGUCUGCUCUGUCUCUGGGUGUGCCUAUUCUGGUUGUCUUUUGUAAAGGGAAUCGUGCAGGGACUGUCCUUUGGUGACUGGCUUCUUUUACUCAGUGUCAUGUGUUCGUGGGUCAUCCGUGCUAUAGCAUGUGUCAGUGCUUCCUUUUCAUGGCUGAAUAGUAUUCCACUGUAUGGAUAGACCACGUUUUGUUGAUCCAUUUUCGUUGAUGGACAUUUGGGUGAUUUCCAUUUUUUGGCUACUGUGAAGAGUGCUGUCGUGAACACUUAUGUACACAUUUCUGUUUGAGGACAUGUUUUCAGUUUUCUUGGGUGUGUACCUAGGAGUAAAGUCAUUGGCUCAUAUAAUGACUCUUGUUUACCUUUUGAUGAGCUGCCAGACUCAGUCUCUUUUAAAAAUAUUUGUACGGCCAGGCAUGGUGGCUCACCCCUGUGAUCUCAGCACUUUGGGAGGCCAAGGCGGUUGGGUCACCUGAGGUCAGGAGUUCGAGACCAGCCUGGCCAACAUGGUGAAACUCUAUCUCUACUAAAAAUACAAAAAUUGGCUGGGCGUGGUGGCUCACGCCUGUAAUCCCAGCUACUCGGGAGCCUGAGGUAGGAGAAUCACUUGAACCUGGGAGGCAGAGGUUACAGUGAGCGGAGAUCACACCACUGCACUCCAGCCUGGAAGACAGAGCGAGACUCCAUCUCAAAAAUAAAUAAAUAAAUAAAUAAAAAUAUUUUUACAACAAGGCUGGGUGCUGUGGCUCACGCCUAUAUCUCAGCACUUUGGGAGGAUGAGGUGGGAGGAUCACUUGAGGUCAGGAGUUUGAGGCCAGCCUGGGCAAUAUAGUGAGGCCCUGUGUAUUAGGUCAUUCUCAUAUUGCUGUAAAGAAAUACCUGAGACCUGGUAAUUUAUAAAGAAAAAAGGUUUAAUUGGCUGUACAGAAAGCAUGAUGCUGGUGUCUGCUCAGCUUUUGGGGAGGCCUCAGGAAGCUUCCAGUCAUGGUGGAAAGCAGAGAGGGAGCAGGCAUGUCUCACAUGGCUGGAGCAGGAGCAAAGGAGCGAGGGGAGGUGCCACUCACUUUUAAUCAACCACAUCUCACGGGAACUCACUCACUAUUGUCAGGACAGUACCAAGAGGAUGGUGCCAAACCAUUCAUGAGAAAUCUGCCUCCAUGACCCACUCACCUCCCACCAGGCCCCACCUCCACAUUGGGGAUUACAGUCUGACAUGAGAUUUGGGUGAGGACAUAGAUCGAAACCAUAUCACCCUGUCUUUAAAAUAAAUAAAUAAAAUAUUAUUAUAGCAGGCCAAUGAGGUGGUUCCAAUCCUCCUCUCAGUUUUAUUUAUUUUAUUUUUUUUUUUUUUUUUUUUUUUUGAGACAGAGUCUCGCUCUGUCGCCCAGGCUGGAGUGCAGUGGCACGAUCUUGGCUCACUGCAACUUCUGCCUCCCGAGUUCAAGCGAUUCUCCUGCCUCAGCCUCCCAAGUAGCUGGGAUUACAGGCACCCACCACUACCCUGAACUAAUUUUUUUAUUUUUAAUAAAAUAAAACGGGGUUUCACCAUGUUGGCCAGGCUGGUCUCAAACUCCUCACCUCAAGUGAUCCGCCUUCCUCGGCCUCCCAAAGUGCUUGGAUUACAGGCAUGAGCCACCAUGCCCGGCCUCCUCUCAGUUUUAUAGAUGUGGAAUUUGAGGCUCAGUACGUGCCAAACCCACCUUCGGCUAUCCGGAAGUUGGUCCUGGAGAUGGGAGGGGAGGGCAAGAAGGAUUCGCCCAGGAGGUCUGGGGCUGGGAGUGUCUUAAAGUGGACAUUUCCAAGGGCAGUGGGUGGUUCUGUCCCUCCCCUGUGAGGUCAGCAUGGCGUGUGCCUACCAUGCGCAGAGCCUCUUGCGGGACUGCUAUGAAGACGGCUGCUCCCCCAGCCCCCCAGGCACCCCGGUGCACUUUGUGCUACCGUGUCCCGAGCUGCAGUCACCCUCAUGCGGCAAAGGAAGAGCAGAGAAGUCAAGGGCUUUUUCCUGAAAGGGGCAAAGCCUGGAUCAUUCCAGGCCCCUCUCCCUGUUCUCCUGUCCUGUUGGUGGUGGCUCUAGAACCUGGAUCUGCAGAGGGGCCUCAGGGGCCACACAAAGUACGACAAGGGAGGUCCAGUGGCUGGGAGCCACGACUGCUCUGCUCAGCCAGAACAGCCCAGAGCAGGGCUUCUCCACCUUGGUGCUGCUGGCAUUUGGGCCAGAUGGCUCUCCACGUGGGGCUGCCUGUGCUGGGCAGGAGGUUUUCCAGCAGCUCUGGCCCCUGCCCACUAGAGGCCAUUUACAACCCCCUCCCCAGACACAACAAAAAUGUCUCCAGACCUUGCCACCGGGUGGGAACCCCUGGCUUAGAGGAUACAGCAGAGUGCAGAGCUUGAUGGCCCUCACUCCGUAACUUAGCAGCCCGGUGAUUCUGGGUAAGUUUCUUAACACUUGUGUGCCUCGGUUUCCCCAUCUGCAGGAUGGAGAUGGUAACAGCACUGACCCACUGGGUUAUUGUGAUGGUCAAGUGCGUUCCUGUUUGUUUGUUUUAUUGAUUGUUUAGUUUUUGAAACAGGGUCUCACGCUGUCACCCGGGCUGGAAUGCAGUGGCGCGAUCACAGCUCACUGCAGCCUUGACCUCCUAGACUCAAGUGAUCCUCCGACCUCAGCCUCCUGAGUAGCUAGAACUACAGGCACACGCCACCAUACCCAGCUAGUUUUGUUUAUUUUCUGUAGAGACGAGAUCUCACUGCGUUGCCCAAGCUGGUCUUGAACUCCUGGACUCAAGCAAUCCUCCCGCUUCAGCCUUCCAAAGUGCUGGGAUUAUAGGCGUGAGCCACAGUGCCCAGCCCCUGCUAAAUGUUUUGUAGGGGAACUUUAGGAGCCCUGUGAGGCCUUCAUUUUCCUAUUAGAAGGAUUUCCCUUGCCCUCUUGCUGUGAGUUCCUAGAGAUCGUGCUUUCUCUGUCUCAGGACCUGGGAUCCAGUUGGAGGACGGCGGUGAUGGCAGGGAGGAUGCCCCAGUGAGAAUGGAGUGGUACCGAGUGCUCUCGGCACGAUGCCAGGGGCCUGGCCACCCGCUCCCAGGUCAGAGGCCAGCCCCAGUCAGGGGCUUGGUCAGGCCUGAGCAGCCAAGAGGCGGCCCCCCACCAGGAAGACGGGCUUCCCAUGGGGCUGACAAGCCGUACACCUGCCCCGAAUGUGGCAAAGGCUUCAGCAAGACGUCCCACUUGACCAAGCACCAGCGCACACACACGGGCGAGCGGCCUUACAAGUGCCUAGUCUGUGGGAAGGGCUUUAGCGACCGCUCCAACUUCAGCACGCACCAGAGGGUGCACACGGGCGAGAAGCCCUACCCAUGCCCCGAGUGUGGGAAGCGCUUCAGCCAGAGCUCCAGCCUGGUCAUCCACCGCAGGACGCACAGCGGGGAGCGGCCCUAUGCCUGCACCCAGUGCGGGAAGCGCUUCAACAACAGCUCGCACUUCAGCGCCCACCGCCGGACGCACACAGGUGAGAAGCCCUACACCUGCCCGGCCUGUGGCCGGGGCUUCCGCCGGGGCACCGACCUGCACAAGCACCAGCGGACCCACAUGGGGGCAGGCUCCUUGUCGACGCUCCAGCCGGUGGCUCCUGGAGGCCCCGGUGCCAAAGCCUGAUCACCAUGCCUGAAACUCCCUUUCCAGGACUCUCAUCCCUGGGCACAGAAUUCAGGAAACUGCUAGACAGCCUGGUCCGAAAGCAUUGCCAGCUGCCUGUUUCCUCCCAUGGCCCAGUAUGAGGCCAGCAGGGGACAUUUGGGAUGCCCAGGCCGCAGAGGAAGCUGGGCACUGGGUGCAGAACAAGGGCAAGGACAGGCUCUGAGUGUCCAGUGGCAGCCAGAACAGGUGACACAGAGCGGGGGCUUCAGCCACAGAGACACACUCAGGAGGCCAGAAGCCGACACUCAAGGUGUUCAUGGGGCUGGCUCCUGAAGGGCCUGGGAGGGUCCAUCGGCUGCCUCCAGCAUCCAGUGGCUGCUGGCAUACAGCCUCAUCCCCACGUCCCAACCCGUCUCCUGUGUGUCUGUGACCCUGUGCGCUGUCUCUGUGUGUACCCCCCACCUGCUCCCCCCCACCCUUUUUUUUUUUUUUUUUGAGACGGGGCCUUGCUGUGUCCCCCAGGCGGGAAUACAGUGCCAUGAUCAUAGCUCACUGCAGCCUCGAAUCCCUGGGCUCAAGUGUUCCUCCUGCCUCAUCCUCCUGAGUAGCUGGGGUUACAGGUGUGUGCCGCCAUGCCGUCUCUUUUUUGGUAGGGCCACCACUCCCUGGGUUUAGGGUCCUCCAAUACACUGUGACCUCAUCUUAACUAAUUAUAUCGUCAAAACCUGUGUUUCCAAAUAAGGUCACAUUCUGAGGUCUGGGUGCACAUGAAUUUCAGGGACCCCUCAUCUGCUGCAGGGAGCCCCGCUGUACCCCAGCCUUCCCAGGACGUGGUCUCCAGCUUCUUCAUCCUGCCAGAGUUUCCAAAUGGAGCCCGGGGCUCUCCAGCAUUCCAGUCCCCUUUGCAGAUCCAUAGCUGCUCUGCAGGGCGGAAGACACCUGGGGCGGGAAAGCACCCCUGAGUUCCAUCUUCCUGACAUGUCACCUGGGAUGUGACGGGCCUGACACCUCCCCAGGGCCGGGGCCCAGGGCUGCCUUUGCUCCUGGCCCCUUAGUGUCUGGGAUGUGGCCUUCCAUGGUUGCCCCACUUUGUCUUUCUAAGGUAAGCCUUCACCUUCCAGCUUUUGUCUGGCCUGUGCUGCAUAGGAGCCACUGGUCUGUGCACAUCCACGGUGGGUGAGUGGCCAAGACAAGCAGUGUGAUAGAGUCCUUGGUGGGUUUAGUCAUCUCGGAAGUCAUAGGGCAGCUAUGGAAACCACUGGGUUCUGGAACGUUCCAGCCAGGCAGUGGUUGUUCCUCAUAGGUAGGUGGCCUUGGCCCCCAUCCCAGCCUGAGAUGCUCCAUUGCAUUUGUCACCUAGUCACUGUAUAUACGUGCACAUUUGACCUUUUGGCACAGCCCAGGUUCCAGGUGCGUGACCUGCCCUUUUCUCAUUCCCUUAACUGACAUUAUUUAGUGUCAGAGGCCGGGCACAGUGGCUCCCACCUAAAAUCCUAGCACUUUGGGAAGCCAAGGUGGGUGGAUUGCUUGAGCCCAGAAGUUCAAGAGCAGCCUGGGCAAUAUAGAAAGACCUCUUCCCUACCAAAAAAAAAAAAGCCAGGUGCAGUGGUUCACGCUUGUAAUCCCAGCACUUUGGGAGGCCGAGGCAGGUGGAUCACAAGGUCAGGAGAUCGAGACCAUCCUGGCCAACAUGGUGAAACCUCAUCUCUACUAAAAACACAAAAAUUAGCUGGGCAUGGUGGCGUGGCGCGUUCCUGUAGUCCCAGCUACUCGGGAAGCUGAGGCAAGACAAUCACUUGAACCAGGGAGGCGGAGGUUGCAGUGAGCCGAGAUCGCACCGUUGUACUCCAGCCUGGUGACAGAACGAGACUCCACAAAAAAAAAAAAAAAAAUUAGCCAGGCAUGAUGGGGUGUGCCUGUAGUCCCAGCUACUUGAGAGGCUGAGGCUGGAGGAUCACUUGAGCCCAGGAAGUUGAGGCUGCAGUGAGCUGUGAUUGUGCCACAGCACUCAUCCUGGAAGACAGAGUGAGACCCUGUCUCAGAUAAAAUAAACAAUUUUUUUUUUAAGUCA